UUUUUAGCGGGAAACGGGAACGGGACAGUUGCUUUCUUCAUUGAAUAAUCUAAAUAAUUAAUACGAAGUGGUGUUUUGUGGUUAAUGAUCGCAUUAAGUUAGUCGGAAGACAUUCGCGAGUGUUAUUACAUUGGAGUAUUCAAUAAACAAAGUGUAUCUGCCUAUUUUCGCUUCGUGCUAGGAAGCCGCUUCAUAGCUCAAAAGUUUAUGCGGACUUUUGAGUUAAUUCGUUUGGGGUUCGGAGUAGGAGUCUACUCCGAGGGUGGGGGCUUAGGUUUCAUCAUCAUCAUUCAUCACCUUUCACCAUUUCAUUAAUCAUCAAGAAAAAAAAUACGUCAGACAUGGCUGUAUGGGCAUAGUUCCCUUUGCCUUACCCUUCGGGGAAAACCAAACCAAAAAAAAAAAAAAAUUAUUCGUCGUUCACUAAUUUCUUUAAUUUUUGUGAAUUAUUUUCUCUAAAUUGUGAAAAGUUUUAGUAACUAUUCAUUAUGGUUCUGACCAAAGAAUUCAGGAUAUGCAUGCCGAUGACUGUGGAAGAGUACCGUAUCGGUCAGUUGUACAUGAUAGCUCGGCAUAGCUUUGAGCAGUCCAGUAAUGGUGAGGGUGUGGAGGUGGUGGCCAAUGAGCAGGUGAAUGAUGAGACUAAUGGGACUGGCCAGUAUACUGAGAAGAGGAUUCAUUUGUCUAGUCAUCUUCCCUAUUGGGUUCAGUCGCUGAUACCUAAAAUAUUUUAUGUCACAGAAAAAGCAUGGAAUUAUUAUCCUUAUACUAUAACAGAGUAUACAUGCUCAUUCAUACCAAAGUUUUCUAUAUCCAUCCAGACUAGAUACGAAGACAACAAUGGGACCACUGAAAACUGCCUCGGUUUAACUCCAGAAGAGCUAGAACAGCGCGAGGUUGACUUCUUAGAUAUAGCAUACGACGAGAUAAAACCUCAUCACUACAAGGAGGCGGAGGACCCCAAGUUCUACAAGUCCGAGAAGACCGGCCGCGGGCCGCUGGUGGAAGGCUGGCGGGAGACGCACCAGCCCAUCAUGUGCUGUUAUAAAGCUGUCAGCGUCAAGUUCGAGGUGUGGGGCCUGCAGACUCGAGUUGAAGAGUAUGUGCAAGGGGCGAUAAGAGAGAUUCUGCUACUGGGCCACAGACAGGCGUUCGCGUGGAUGGAUGACUGGUACAACAUGACACUCGACGAUGUGCGCGAGUACGAGCGACACAUGCAGGCACAGACCAACCAAAAGCUUAAAUCAACGAUCGAGACAGUGGAAGCGAAGGAGGGCGAGGAGGACAAACAGUCGGACUCCUCGAAGCCGCAUACCCCGAAGUCUCCGAAAUCUCCCAAAACUCCUAAGAGUCCCGGUGCCACGCCCACAUCAGAAGGAAAGUCCUGGUUCUCUUGGUCUUAAAACUCCCUCCAUGUUGCUUUCAACCAAACAACAGGGUGAAGUUAAAAUCGUAUGACAUUACAGGUAAAUAAAUUUCAGUUCUACGUCCAGUGAACGCCCAGAUUCCACCAAGGCGAGGUGUGCUAUGCAGUUAUAUACUCAUCAUGUGUCAACGAAAUUCUCUUCGUUAUUUUAAACACAUCUCCCCGGAUUUCCUAUCUCCGUAUUGGUGGAGUCCGGGCUUAAUAGAUAUAUCAGAAAAAGUAUUAUUUUGUUAUAAGAAAGUUCAUAUUUUAUCAUAAAAUAAUUUUGUGGCUUCCGGUUAUUAUAGAGAUGCGAUGGGAUUUCAAAACCUUUUUAGGCCCCAAAUUAAUGUAAUGUUAUAAUCAAAACCCUUGUUUCUUUAUAUAUUCGGAUUCUUAUUAGAAUUAUUAAAUAAUUUGACAUUUAUUUUGCUUUUAAAAUGCGCUAUGACUUUAAUGCCUCUAUAUGGACGGCUUGAGUCAACCUACCUCUUAUUAUAAAGAUUUUAAAUUGAUUACAAUCUCACUACGACAUCGUGCUGCCGCGUUUCAGGUGAUAGGUAUUGUAUUGAGAUUCAUGUUUACUACUCUUAUUCAGUUACAGAAUCACUGAUAGCCAAAUACAAGUAAAAAUAAAUGUCAAAUGAAUGUUAUCACUAUCCUAAGAAUGAUUUGUAUAUUUGAAUAGUGGUUUUAAUUUCACACUGUAAGUCGGUCUGAUCUCAUCCGGCUGUAACAGGGUUUAGUUUCAUACCUUAGACGUGUUCAUUUCACUGCCGAAUCCAUAUCUUGUUUAUCAUAUUUUAUACCUCGCAAAUGUGUAGAAAUAGGGUCGGCACCGAGCUUAAAUAUAUUGCUUAUAAAGCUUGUGCUGUAUUUGUGUUCUUAUUUCGAAUUGAGAAAAAUGAAUGGAAAUUUUCACCUAUUCAUAGUCUGUUCAACGCUAUUUAAAAUUCCAACUUACGCGGUGUGCCGUCGGCUUACAGCAACACGGACUUCCGCGGGAUGGCAUAGUUCAAAAUUGGAAUUUUUUCAGUUAUAUAACUAAUGUCAAACAAAAUGUUAUUAAUUAUAGUCAAACAGCUUGCGUCAAUGUUUUGAUCGACACAAUACCGACGGAGCUCGAUCUUCGGCAUAAUAAACACGCUUCCAAGAACCUUAUUGCUAGAAGUAACAAUCAAUAUUACUAUAUCAUUCGUGUAUAGAGAAUUGUAUUUUCGGGUAAAAAGAAUAUAAAUUCCAGUGAAUUAAAAUUCUUUCAAAUAUCGUUUGUUUGAUGCCCGACGUAUAUUUAUGGUACGUUUGAUGAUAGUAAUUUCUUUGGUUCUUCUCUUUGCAAGCUUAAUUGUGGUCAUUGUGGAACAAAUCAGUAUAAGAAUGUUCCUACUUUACUCUUAUUACUAUUAUUAUGUUUUGGAGGUAAUUUAUAUAAACAUUAGUUUGCAAAAGCGAAUAAUCGUGAAUAUUAAGUUGGCAAUAAUUAAUAGAUGAUUGUAUCGCUUUCCGGAACAAUUACAUUUAAAAUAUUAAGUCAAGAAUUUCAAAUAGUUUUUUAACAUGACCAACUAGCAAAGAGUGUGGUUGAUUCGCGAAAAAAUGUAAUUCAUGCGGGAUAUUAUUAUCAAAACUGGUUAGUUGCUUUGUUAGAUGAUAAAUUAUUUACUUGUGACUAUGAUUAGAUGAUAUUAUCUAAUUAUUAGACGUUAUUGAUGUUAUAGUUAGCAACAUUCUAUCAAUGUUAAGAUUACUUCUUGACGGCCUUCACUUAAACUAUGGUUAUGUAAUAAAAUGUGGUUGUGUGUCAUUUAUUGGACCUAGGACUAUCGAUGUUCGAAAUAAGGUCGAUUAUAAGAUGUUUAUCAAUUAUAUAUGUAUAACAUAUUUAGUAGACCAGCGUUCUAACGCAUUUAUAUAACUAAGAAUGCGACGCUUACACGCGUUUCUCUUUCUACUAAGCAUACAAAUAUGUAUGCAUUAUUGGGUAAAAUUUCGCAAGUAAUUGGUAGUUUUUACAUGUAAUAUUUCGGUACGUGACACUUAGUUGGCACUACGAAUCUUUUAUUGCCGUCUCUUUGGCUUUUAUAAUUAAAUUAUGCCCAUUUUCUUUUUGUCCUUUCUGUAUUCUUGUGAUAGAAUUAUUUUGUAUGUUAAAUCACAUAUUAAAUUUAUGGUUUUGCCUUAAAGCUUCCAUAUAUAUUGCAUGAACUUACCUCAUUGCAACAAAUGUCUCUAAAUGUAAGACCACUUCAUAUGCCUAUUCAUUGCGUUACUUUGCAGCACAUGCAAAAAGAUCUUUACGACGUAAGCGCAACGUUAUAAUUUAAACAAAUAAGAAAACUCCAUUCCAAUCUCUAGAGCCAAUAAUUUUAACUUCCUUUUGGCAGACAGACAGGCAAAUAAGUUUGGAAAGUUAUUAUUUUUGAUAAUUUAUUGUGAAUAAUCUCUGUUUGUAAAGAAACAUUUCCAUAAUUUACGAAUACUUUUGACUCAUUAGUGUAAUGAAUUUUGUUUGUGGAGCUGUGCUUGCAUUGAUAAGUAGAUAUUAAUUAUUUGAAACCAAAGUGUUAGCAAGGAGAAGGUGACUGAAAGACGAAUAGAAACACAGAUGGCUGUUUAUAUUGAAUAAGAAGUUAUGUAUUUUUGAGAUGUCUGUAAAGAUUAUUGCAAUAUCAGGUAAAUAUAAACAUAAAUAGCAUACAUAUACGUCCCACUGCUAGGCACAGGCCUACCUUAAUCAACAUAGUAGCAACAUAAUAGCAUACUCCACGACAACAACUGCGGUUUGGUGGGUGUUUUGUGCAAUAUAAAUAUAUAUUGAAUUAAUUGAUAUAUCUACAUCUACAUACUUUUUAGUGAUUAUGUUUGUAAAAAAAAUAAAAAGGUAAAAAACAGUGGGUAGGUAUUUUUUUACAAUGAUCAUUAUUCUAGAAGUUAUUUGAAUUUUUACAGACAUGCCAGAAAUAAUUAUUUAAUUUUACAAUAGUAUUUAUUUUUAGUACUUUUCACAAAUACCUAUGCGGUUUUCGCAUGUUCAGUACAAAACGAUGAAGGUAGUGAUGAUAUUGAAUACACAGGUACUAAUUCAGAAGAAAAUACUCCAUGAUGAGUUUAUAUUUUGUUUAUGUUUAGUGAAACACAAUUGUUUGCGUUGAAUUUUAGUAUAAAUAACGAACAUAUUGAAGCAUACACUGCUUUUGAUUACAAAUACAGUUAACUGUGCAAUAUGGUUUAUUUUUUAUCAACAAAUCAAAGCACAUUUGGUGUAUGUGAUAUAGACAUUUUCUUGUACUUAUUACGUGUUAGUAUGAAGCAGAUGCGAAAAUAUCGUCCCUCAAUAUACAUAGGUAUAUCAGAUUUGUAAAAUAUUAAGUGCGACUAUUAUUAUGUUUGUUGUUGAAUAAAUGGUCUAUAAGUGUACAUGCAA